CCAACCCGCCACACACACCCCCAUACAUACACACCGGCCAACGGUAGCCCCCCGCCGCCCCCGCACCACAGAUCCUCCCCGCCGGCCGGGAAGUAUGGUAGGCCUUCUCCCCCAGACCAAUGCGGCGGCGCAGGCCGAGGUCCUCGGCGACGCGUGGGACUACCGCGGCCGCCCCGCCGCCCGGUCCACCACCGGCCGCUGGGGCGCCGCCGCCAUGAUCCUGGUGGCAGAGCUCAACGAGAGGCUCACCACGCUGGGGAUCGCGGUCAACCUGGUCACGUACCUCACGGCCACGAUGCACGUCGGCAACGCCGAGGCGGCCAACGUCGUCACAAACUUCAUGGGCACCUCCUUCAUGCUCUGCCUCCUCGGCGGCUUCGUCGCGGACUCCUUCCUCGGCCGCUACCUCACCAUCGCCAUCUUCACCGCCAUCCAGGCAUCCGGCGUGACGAUACUGACGAUCUCAACGGCGGCGCCGGGGCUGCGGCCGCCGGCGUGCACGGCGGAGGGCGGCGGGAUAGGGACUUGCUCCCGCGCGUCGGGCGCCCAGCUGGGCGUGCUGUACCUUGCGCUGUACCUGACGGCUCUGGGCACCGGCGGGCUCAAGUCGAGCGUCUCCGGCUUCGGGUCGGACCAGUUCGAUGAGUCGGACCGCACCGAGAAGUCGCAGAUGAUGCGCUUCUUCAACUGGUUCUUCUUCUUCAUCAGCCUCGGCUCCCUCCUCGCCGUCACCGUGCUCGUCUACGUCCAGGACAACCUGGGCCGGCCCUGGGGCUACGGCGCCUGCGCCGCCUCCAUCGCCGUCGGGCUCGUGGUGUUCCUGGCCGGCACCCGCAGGUACCGGUUCAAGAAGCUGGCCGGGAGCCCGCUGACCCAGAUCGCGGCCGUGGUCGUGGCCGCGUGGCGCAAGCGCGGCGUCCAGCUGCCCACCGACACCUCCAUGCUCUACGACAUCGACGUGGGCAAGGUGGCAGCCAUCGAGGGGGCCUCGACCAAGAAGAGCAAGCUCAAGGAGCGCAUCCCGCACACCAAGCAGUUCCGUUUCUUGGACCAUGCGGCGAUCAACUCGGACCCCGCCGGCGAGCCGACCAAGUGGCAGCUCGCGACGCUGACGGACGUGGAGGAGGUCAAGACGGUGGCGCGGAUGCUUCCGAUAUGGGCGACGACCAUCAUGUUCUGGACGGUGUACGCGCAGAUGACCACCUUCUCGGUGUCGCAGGCCACCACCAUGGACCGCCACAUUGGCCCCUCCUUUCAGAUCCCGGCGGGCUCCCUCACCGUCUUCUUCGUCGGCUCCAUCCUCCUCACCGUACCCAUCUACGACCGCAUCGUCGUGCCCGUAUCCCGCCGCCUCAACGGCAACCCGCACGGGCUCACCCCGCUGCAGCGGAUCGGCAUCGGCCUCGUGCUCUCCAUCCUCGCCAUGACCUCCGCCGCUCUCGUCGAGGUCAAGCGCCUCCGCGUGGCGCGGGACUCCGCCGUCCCAGCGGGCGCCCCCGUGCCCAUGACGGUCUUCUGGCUCAUCCCGCAGUUCUUUUUUGUCGGCGCCGGCGAGGCCUUCACCUACAUCGGCCAGCUCGACUUCUUCCUGCGCGAGUGCCCCAAGGGGAUGAAGACCAUGAGCACGGGGCUCUUCCUCAGCACGCUCUCGCUCGGAUUCUUCGUCAGCUCGGCGCUCGUCACCGUCGUGCACAAGAUCACGGGUGACCGCCGGCCGUGGAUCGCCGACGACCUCAACAAGGGCGAGCUCUACAAGUUCUACUGGCUCCUCGCGGGGGUCUGCCUCGCCAACCUCGUCGUCUACCUCUUCGCCGCCAGGUGGUACAAGUACAAGGCCGGACGGCCAGGCGCCGACGGCAGCGUCAACGGCGUCGAGAUGGCCGACGCCGAGCCGUGCCUCCACUGACUGACCUCGCGACGCGCCUGUUCGUCCGUUCGUGUUUCUCAAUCGGACGGCCUUGAUUUCUUCGCAUGUUGUAUCAUACAUAUAGUAUUGGAUGCAUCGUCGCGCGGUCGUCCACGUGUGCCUACGUGUAGUAUAAUGGGAUUAAUAAUUUCUUAGAGGUGGGAAAUGGGAAAGCUGGCGAAAGGGUUAGCGAGGAGGGAAGGGCGUCGGUGACUGAAUGUCGCUGCAUUUUGUGAAAAUUCCCGCCCAGAUGUAAAAUCACGCAAAUGAAUGAAAAGAAAAGAAACUUGUGCUCUUUUGGUUGA